AUGGCAUCCUUCAAAUCCGUUCGUGAUUUGCUGGUUAUUGGUUUUGACGAAGGUUUAUUGGACGAAGAAGAGUUUUUGCUGUUGCACGAACAAUAUACUUCUCUGAAUGCUGAGUAUCCGUACACAAGCUAUCCAGCCUUUGACCUAGAGUUAAAGGACGAAGUUGAAUGCAAAACUGAAUUUAGAGUGGAAAAGAAUGAUAUACCAGGACUUGCGGAUACGCUAAGGAUUCCAGAAAUUGUAAAAUGUUACCAAGGGACUAUUUGUGGACGAGAAGAAGCCUUGUGCAUUCCUACCUGA